GAUAAAAAUAAGAUCUGAAGUUAAAGCUUGUAUUUGUGUCACAAGGUUGAAUGAAAGAAAAUACUUUAUCAGAGGAUGGCCACUGCACAAUUGCACAGAACCUCCAUGAGUACGUUUGUACUUCCCAGUAAGAUAUCAACUGAGCAGCAGUCUUUAGUGUUAGUGAAGAGGCUUCUAGCAGUUUCAAUAUCCUGCAUCACGUAUUUGAGAGGAAUAUUCCCAGAAUGUGCUUAUGGAACAAGAUAUCUAUAUGAUAUGUGUGUCAGAAUUCUGAGAGAACAGAAGGAUUGUCCAGGAUCUACACAGUUAUUGAAGUGGAUGUCCGGAUGCUAUGAUGCUUUAGAGAAAAAAUAUCUAAGGUUGGUUGUUCUAGCUGUAUAUAGUAAUCCAGAAGACCCUCAGACAAUUUCAGAAUGUUACCAGUUUAAAUUCAAGUACACCAGUAAUGGACCAAUCAUGGACUUCAUAAGUAAAAACCAAAGCAGUGAAUCUAGUAUGUCAUCUGCUGACACCAAGAAAGCAAGUAUUCUUCUCAUUCGCAAGAUUUAUGUUCUAAUGCAAAAUCUGGGACCUUUACCUAAUGAUGUUUGUUUGACCAUGAAACUUUUUUACUACGAUGAAGUUACACCCCCAGGUUACCAGCCUCCUGGUUUUAAGGAUGGUAAUUGUGAAGGAGUGAUAUUUGAAGGGGAGCCUAUGUACUUAAAUGUGGGAGAAAUCCCAACACCUUUUCACACCUUCAAAGUAAAAGUGACCACUGACAAAGAACGAAUAGAAAAUAUUGAUUCAUCUGUAUUAACACCAAAACAAUUAAGAACACCACUUCAAAAAAUUCUUAUGGACAAAGAUGAUUUCAAAGAUGAACAGGAGCAUUACAUAAGUAAUGAUUUUGACAUUGAAACUAAAAUGGAAGAGCAGAAAAAAAACCCUGGAUCUUCUGAACUUGGAGAACCAGGUGUAGUUUGUGAAGAAGAUGAAGCUAUGAGGUCUAAAGAAAGUCCAGAUCUUUCAAUUUCUCAUUCUCAGGUUGAACAGUUAGUCAGUAAAACAUCUGAACUUGAUGUGUCUCAAAGCAAAACAAGAAGUGGAAAAAUCUUUCAGAAUAAAAUGGCUAAUGGAAAUCAACAAGUAAAAUCUUCUAAGGAAAAUCGGAAGAGAAGUCAGCUUGAAUCUGCGAAAACAGUCCUUCAUCACCUUGAUUCUUCUAGUCAAGAGUCAGUGCCAAAAAGAAGAAAGCUUAGUGAACCAAAGAAAAAUACAUAAAAAAAUUUAUUUCUGGGCUUCCCUGGUGGCGCAGUGGUUGAGAGUCCGCCUGCCGAUGCAGGGGACACGGGUUCGUGCCCCGGUCCUGGAGGAUCCCACAUGCCGCGGAGCGGCUGGGCCCGUGAGCCAUGGCCGCUGAGCCUGCGCGUCCGGAGCCUGUGCUCCGCAACGGGAGAGGCCACGGCAGUGAGAGGCCCACGCACAGCAAAAAAACAAACAAAAAAAAAAUUUAUUUCUGCAUGUUUGCAAAGUUCUUCACAACAUUUAAAGGACAUUAUAUUACUGUUUUAAGGUGUGUUUGCCCUACCUCUGAAAACUUACAUGUAGUCUUAAGAAGUUAGUACACUAAAAUUAAUCCUUAGCUGACUAUCAUAUUGUGAUCCUUAAUCUUAUCUGAGACAAACUCAGGAGAACUUUUGAAUUAAAAGUACCAGUGUCAUAAUUUGUUAUGUUAAUUAUCUACUCAAUAUUGAUCUAUCUUCCAUUUUGGUGGACACUUUCUUUUAACAUAUAUUAACGUUUAAGGUCCUCUAA